AUGACUCAAGUAGCUCUUCCUGCGCUCCCAGGAGCUCUCGCUUGUCAGCAAAACUCAUCGCUGCGUUUACUACACACAGCUGUGCACGCGUGUCAUGAGAUUGUGGUGCCUGGUACUAAAAAGACCAAGGCUCAACACUAUUACGAACUGGAGUUGUACGAUACAGUGCUCUUCCCAGAAGGUGGAGGACAACCUUGGGAUACCGGCACUAUUAAUGACAUGACAGUGGACAAGGUGUACGUGAAAGAUGGUCGUUGUUUGCAUCGAGUUUUCACACGCGAUGAAGAUUUGGUUCCAUUUGUAAAGGGUGAGAAGGUUGUUGUUAACGUAAACUGGGCUCGCCGUUUUGAUCAUAUGCAGCAGCACUCGGCGCAGCACCUUUUCAGUGCAAUCGCAAGGAAGUAUGGGUACGAUACUACGACGUGGUCGCUUGGAGAAGAGCGCUGCAAUGUGGAGCUUAUACCGAUGGAUGGUGCUUCAGCAUCGUCCAUGUCUAUAGCCGGUGAAAAGGGCAAAACAUGUAGCAAGGAGAAAACUGUAAUCCCUGCCGAGGUGCUCGAGACAAUCGAGAAUGCUGUGAAUGAAGCAAUUGCUGCAGGUUUAGCCGUGACAAAUUGGUUUGCAAGUCCUGGGUCGGACGAAUGGAAUAAGAUUGCUCUGAAGUUUGGGCCUGGAGAGAUGCCCAAAGCGGUGCGCGUUGUAGCAAUUGACGGCCUGGAUAUAAACCCAUGCUGCGGGACACAUGUCCAGAAUCUUGCACAGAUUCGGUCGCUGCGUGUGCUUAGUACUGAACAUGCACGUGGAGCUACUCGUGUUUGGUUUGUCGCUGGUGAUCGCGUGAACCGCGAAUUUUCACGGAUGUUGAAAAAUGAGCACACAAUGACGAAGCUGUUAAGCAGUGCACCUGAAGACCACGCGUCACGAACGGAGAAGCUGUUGCAGUUUCAGAAGAGUGCAUCGAAAGAGCUGAAAAGUCUGCAGAAGGAGCUUGCCGCCUCCAUUGCGCGUGAUCUAGCGGCGAGGACGACAGUGGGUGUCAUCGCUUAUCAUCGCCAUGAGGGUGACCUUGGUUUUUUGCAGACAUUGCUGGGUCUUCUGGGUGACGCGCCGAGUAAUACCGUGUUUGUUCUUACGGCUGGCGUGCUUCAAGGCGAUGGUUUCUUUCUUAUCGCUGGACCCCCUGAGUUCAUCAUCGCUCAUGGAAGGUCUGUGCUGCCACUUAUUGACGGAAAGGGCGGUGGUGGUAAGAAUGGUGUCAUUCAAGGCAAAGCGCAGGGUUUGGCAAAAGUUGGCGUUUUGGUUGCAAAACUUCAGGAGUUAAGCCAGCAGCAAUAA